AUGGGGCACCCCUUCCCACAUCUACCAGGCUUUCCUUUUCUUUCGUUUCGGAGCAGCCGGGUUUCAAAGAGCCCAGUCCCCCCGUGUCUCCCUCCUCCUCCCCUGGGGUGUCUCCCUCCUCCCCCCGGGUGUCUCCCUCCUCCCCGGGGUGUCUCCCUCAUCCCCCCUUGGGUGUCUCCCUCCUCCUCCCCCCCGCGGGUGUCUCCCUCCCCCCCGGGGUGUCUCCUUCCUCCUGCCCCCCUAUGUCUCCCCUCGCCCCUCCCCCUGCCGUCUCCGGUGGGCGGGGCUCGCCCGCUGGAGUGCGACGGUUGCCUAGGGGACGGGGCAGCUUUGGAGGGGAGCAGGGCGGCGCGAGCGCGCCCCCGAGGGCCGGGGGACAUUGUCUGUGGGUCAGUCGGUCUUUCCUCCUCUUGGGUGGGCGGUACUUUGGCGACUGGAGAGGGGGCGAUGAGCCGGUACGGGCCUCGAUGCUCCGGGGCUUUCAGGACGGUGCUUUCUAAGGCUCCAAGAAUGCUAGAAGUAAUUGGCCCUGAAGGUGAAGUAUUUUUGGAAGCUGACUUGAAAAUUUCAGGGCGGAAUUGUUUAGAGAGACCAGACACUACUAAGGAACCAAAGAAUAUACACUAUGGCAAAUUGCAGGUGCUUGAUCCAAAUGAAGUGGUUAUUGAACCAGCUGAAGCAAUGUCACGACCAGCUCCAAGUUACUCUGCUUCCAUGGAAACCACCUCCCAGGAUGGUCCACGCUGUGACAGCCCUGGGGACACAGGUCAAGAUAUAGAAGUUGCAGAAAAUAAUGAGGAUUCCUCACAAAGUCCUGAUGACAGACUGUCAGAAACUACAGAAGGUGAUGAUGAGAAGCAAUAUAAUGAUGAAUAUGUUGGGGAAAAUGUUGCACCACUGGAGUUAAUGACAGAGUUCCUAAGAGCAGUAAUGAGCCGAAACUACACUGUGGCAAAAAAAUUAUGUCAAUUGAUUCUAGUCUAUGAACCAGAAAAUCCUGAAGCCAAAGAAUUUUCCUCAUUGAUUGAAGAAAAGUUGCUAAUGGAAAAAAGCCAUGCUGAGGAAGAAGAAGAAAGUGAUGAUAGUAGUGAUGAUAGUGAAGAAGACAGCAGUGAUGAUAAUGAUCAAAGUGAAGACAGUUCUGAUGAAUCUGAAGAUAUAUAAAAAAAUCCUAUGACUUC